GACCGCGAGAGCGGCGCCCGCCCCGCCAGGGCGAGGGAAGGAGGCGCAGCCCGCGGGCAGGAAGCUGGAUGAGGACGUGUGCGCGGGCAAGGCAGCCCCUCGGGCAUGAAGGGGACCGCGGGGACGCUGCCCUGCCCUGCAGCCGAGCGGGGACGUCAGGAGGACAGCUGCCUUCAGAUGGUACAGAACUCACUGACAGUUGCUCUUGCUUCAGUCCUACUUCAUGAGAACUUCAGAAGUUACUAACUGAGCAGAUGGUACGUGAACAGUACAUGACAACGACACCAGGCACGAGCCUAGAGAGGCCGAAAAAUGAAUAUGUCUACAAAAUUGGAAUUUAUGGCUGGAGAAAGCGUUGUCUCUACCUGUUUGUUCUCCUCCUGCUUAUCAUCCUAGUUGUGAAUUUUUCUUUGACAAUUUGGAUUCUUAAAGUGAUGUGGUUUUCCCCAACUGGAAUGGGACACCUGCGUGUUACAAAAGAAGGCCUUCGACUGGAAGGGGAAUCUGAAUUCUUAUUCCCUCUUUAUGCCAAAGAAAUCCAUUCAAGAGUGGACUCAUCACUGCUUCUCCAGUCUACUCACAAUGUGACUGUGAAUGCUCGCAAUUCAAAUGGGGAAGUCACAGGCAGAUUAAAUGUGGGUCCUAAAAUGGUAGAAUUCCACAGUCAGCAAUUUCAGAUCAACUCAAAGGAUGGAAAGCCACUUUUUACAGUGGAUGAAAAUGAAGUUGUAAUUGGCACAGAUAAGCUUCGAGUCACAGGGCCUGAAGGGGCACUUUUUGAACAUUCUGUAGAAACACCACUUGUGAAAGCAGAAGCUUUUAAACAGCUUAGGCUGGAAUCACCAACUCGAUCUCUGAGCAUGGAUGCACCACGAGGAAUUAAUAUUAAAGCACAAGCUGGGAAUAUUGAAGCGCUUUCCCAGAUGGAUAUCAAACUACACAGCAGUGAUGGCGUGCUUUUGCUGGAUGCUGAAACCGUGCGACUGCCCAAGCUGCCUGAGGGUACAAGGGGUGGAUCUGGGAUUUCUCAGGGGCUCUAUGAAAUCUGUGUGUGUCCAGAUGGAAAGCUCUACUUGUCAGUGGCUGGUGUGGGCUCCACUUGCCAGGAAUACAGCCGAGUCUGCCAGUGAGGCACCCAAAAGGCCACACACCCCCUUGGGCAUCUGGGUUUUGUAUUACUCCUAAAGAGCAUUACUGAAAGCAUAUUUUUCAGCAUUUUAGAAACAAAGUACUUACAAUUUAGGAAACAAAUCUGCAUCUACAGUUCUGGAAUACAGGGUGUAAGGGGAAGAAGAGCACAAAUGCCAUUUCCACUUCAGAAGAACGACUUGAAGCAAAUUACAUGUUUUGUCAGUAACACUUGGAAAACAGCCUUACAGAGAGUAUAAAAAAUAAAACAAAUAUGUUUCCUUGCUGAACUGUUAUUCAGUCAGAUAAUUAUGUCAUUGUUCGUAUUUUUGAGAUCCAUGGGUUUUUCCUCUCACUACAUGUAAACACUUACUGUAUUAGUGGGUGAAAUGAAAUAGAGGGAACUACUUGAAUUAUUUGUAAGACAAAGCAUUAUUUGGAAAAUUCAGAAAGUGCCAGCAAAUGGUCUAUGCAAUUUUGUUCUUGCAAUAACACAAGAU